GCUGGCGAGGCCCCUGCUGCUCAUCUUACUCCUACGAAAGAAGAGGAGCCGGCUACAGGCUUUUAUCUGAAGGAGGAACUUGGCUUAGGACCAUGCUGCUCCUGCGGGUGGCGGCGGUGGCGGCGGUGGUGGCGGCGGCUGCGACCGAGGGCUUCAGCGAGCGGCCGACGCGCCACGCUCAGGGAGAUGCCUUGGCGCUUCGUGGUGACGUAGCCGUGUUAGAAUCCUCUGAUAGAAUUAGAAGGUCUGCUUUCAUCCCUCGCGCUCAGCCUCGGUCCCGCUCUCGGAGGCCGAGCAGAUCAAGGCCCUCCUACGGCCGGCCUCGUCGUCCGUCGAAAGGACGCCGAAGACCUCAGAAAGCUCGCCCUAGUAAAGGACACCGUCGUCCUCGCCCUAGCAAAGGACGCCCUCAGUCGUCUUAUGGACCUCCUCCUAAGGCUCCUAGUAAAGGAUAUGGAGCUCCUUCAAAGGCUCCAAGUCCUUCUUAUGGGGCCCCUCCGAAGGCUCCUAGUCCAUCCUAUGGAGCGCCUCCGAAGGCUCCCAGUCCUUCCUAUGGAGCUCCCCCCAAAGCACCCAGUCCUUCCUAUGGAGCUCCCCCAAAAGCUCCCAGUGCGUCCUAUGGAGCUCCUCCAAAGGCUCCUAGCCCAUCUUAUGGGGCCCCUCCAAAGGCUCCUAGUCCUUCCUAUGGAGCCCCUCCAAAAGCUCCUAGCCCAUCCUACGGAGCUCCUCCGAAGGCUCCUAGUCCUUCCUAUGGAGCUCCUCCAAAAGCUCCUAGCCCAUCCUAUGGAGCUCCUUCGAAGGCUCCUAGUCCUUCCUACGGAGCCCCUCCAAAAGCUCCUAGCCCAUCCUACGGAGCUCCUCCGAAGGCUCCUAGUCCUUCCUACGGAGCUCCUCCAAAGGCUCCUAGCCCAUCCUAUGGAGCUCCUCCGAAGCCUCCAAAGGCUCCUAGCCCAUCCUAUGGAGCUCCUCCGAAGGCUCCUAGUCCUUCGUAUGGAGCUCCUCCGAAGGCUCCUAGCCCAUCCUACGGAGCUCCUCCGAAGGCUCCUAGCCCAUCCUACGGAGCCCCUCCAAAAGCUCCUAGUCCUUCCUAUGGAGCUCCUCCUAAGGCUCCCAGUUCUUCCUAUGGUGCUCCUUCGUAGAUAUUCUUAUGAUUGAGAACCGUAGUUUAGAUAUCCUUAUUUUCAUAGUGUAUUAGUCAACUUACCUCUUUAGAACUUACAAUAUGUCUCAAAUAGUGACUACAGGAUUGCUCUGUUAUAUCCCCCAUUCAAGAUGUCUCUCAUCAUCAUUUUGCCAUUCCAGUAUUCUGAAACCCCUAGGUAUUGGAGACAGCGUUUAUCAAGAUAGAAAAGAAGAAUCUGGGAAAUCAAAACAGGCACAAUUGGAUCCACUGGAGGAGGUGGAAGAUUUUUCACAGGAAAGGACAUCGUCAGUGGAAUAAAGAGUGGAAAAGGAAGCCUGGAAAAUACAAAUAACAAAAAUUCAGUCACCAGGGAUAGGCGAAGGGGCAAGUAUCAACAUUGAGGGAAAAGUGGAAUCUUUAAAAAUUACCCUGUAAGUCGUUUCCCAAAAUCUAAAUUGUAGAUGGAGCUUUCUUGUCAUUAAUUAUUUAGUCUAGUCUUACACAUUUGUUAGUGAAAUAAAGUUCUUUCUACAUAUUUUAUGUACCUUCUGGUGCCUGUAUCUGUGGUGCUUAGUUUCAUUGUUAAUAUUUCAUGUUGGGUGCAAUUGUUUGCCACAGGUUCUAAUGUUACCAUACCGUAGGUGAAAAUAGAGUUUACCGUCUGCAAGAUGUGAUCUUGUUUAUAAUAAAAGUUACAUUAACUUGGUUUAUUUCAAUUCAUAUUUUCCAUUCGAUAUGGCAGUAUAUGGAAGCAGACAGAGAAUCAAUGAGGAAAAUAUAAAAUUCCUAUGAUUGAUUAUUGUUGUAAACUUUAUUUACUGUUUCUAAAAGUUCAAGAGCAGUAUUCAAGUAAAGUCAAAGAAUCUUCUUUGACACAUUUAAAGAUUGCCCUAAAACAGUUUUUGAAGUCCAAGAUCAUUGUAGAAUUUGUCUAUGACAGUAGUACUAAGAGUCACACCUUAAAAGACCCCAUAAUUAUCCAAUGUAAUAAUGAAACAAACGAACAAAUAAACAAUUCGAGUGAAUUGCAAGCAUAUGACUAAAAUAUUAUAUAAUCAAUCUUUGUUAUAUGUUUAUGUGGAAUCUUCUACAUUUAUUGUAAUUACGUCAACUGAGAAGACGUGUGUUGAGAUCUGUUUAUGGGAAAGCUGCAGUAAAUAAGAAGAAAACGUCCCAAUUAACACGACAUGUAAGAAAAUGUGUCAGGUGAGUUCUUCAUAUCAUUUCUGAAAAAAAAUGUGAAGUCGCAGUAUUGUAAGCCUCUCAUAUGGACAAAUUAAACUUCUUAUGCAUGUGGGAAACCUUAAACAUCGGCCGAGACAAAAAUCGGGUGUUAAGAACAUUUUCGCCAAGUCAGCCAAAAUCUCGAGUCAGACUUUUUUGGCAAAGUCAAAUUUCGCAGUC